AUGGCGGUGCCAGACCGCGUUCCCGAGAUGAAACUAUGCCCUCCACAUCAACCUGCACCGAUGACAUCCGCCGAGGUUGAGCUCAAUCGCACAGCUGCUACAAGAUUCUCGCUAGCAGGGAAGAACGUAAUCGUCACAGGCGCCGCUCGAGGUCUAGGACUAGCGGUGGCAACCGGGUUCUUGGAACACGGCUGCGAGAAAAUCGCCUUGUUCGACAUGGAUGACUUGGAAGGUGCAGAGGCCCGAGAUGGGCUGCAGAACGAGUUUCGUCGUGGGCCUCAGGAAAUCAUCUUCCGCAAGGUUGAUGUAACGGACCAGGAGAGUCUCAAUGAGGUCGUCUCGGAGGUGUGCGAGGACUUUGGUGGUGUGCACGUGUUGGCUACUUUCGCCGGGACAGUGAAUGCAGUGGCGGCCGUGGACUACACGGCAGAGAAUUUCAGGAGUAUACUUGACAUCAAUACCACAGGAACCUUCUUGACGGUGCAGGCUGUUGGCCGACAAAUGAUACAGAGGAAAACUGGCGGUAGCAUAAUUCUUGUGGCAAGCAUGGCAGGUCAUAUUGUCAACUAUCCACAGACGCAUGUUGCCUAUGGAACAUCCAAAGCCGGUGUCCGGCACCUGAUGCAUUGUUUGGCGGCAGAGUGGGCCUGCCACGGAAUCAGGGUCAACUCGCUGUCGCCAGGUUACAUGGACACCAGACUGAAUAACGGUGGUGACCUUGUGGACGUAGUGCCGAAAUGGUAUGAGAGGACACCAAUGGGUCGAUUUGGGGAGCGCGAGGAAAUUGUUGGUCCAUGUGUAUUGAUGGCCAGUCCUGCAGGAAGCUUCAUGACGGGAACAGACAUUGUCGUCGACGGCGGAUACACUUUGUUUUAA